AUGUUAGAUCAGGGUAUUGUAAGACCUUCCGAAUCUGCAUGGAGGUCACGCAUCUGGGUUGUUCCAAAGAAAGUAGAUGCUUCUGGCAAACAGAAGUGGCAUCUUAUAGUUGACUUUCGCAAAUUAAACGAAAAGACACUUGACGAUAAAUAUCCUAUCCCGAACAUUAGUGAUGUUCUUGACAAAUUAGGGAAAUGUCAAUAUUUUACCACCUUAGACUUAGCAAGCGGAUUUUAUCAGGUCGAAAUGGACCCUCAGGACAUAGCGAAAACCGUUUUUAAUGUAGAGCAUGGCCAUUUCGAAUUCCUUCGCAUGCCAAUGGGCCUGAAGAACAGUCCAUCUACGUUCCAAAGAGUUAUGGACAAUGUCUUAAGGGGGCUACAAAAUCAUAUAUGCCUUGUAUACCUAGAUGACAUAAUUGUGUUCAGCACUUCUCUCCAAGAACAUAUGGUUAACCUAGACAAAGUAUUUAGUAGAUUUCGCGAGUCCAACUUAAAAGUUCAACCGGACAAAUCGGAGUUUCUCAAACAUGAAACGGCUUACCUCGGUCAUAUUAUCACCAGGGACGGUAUUAAACCAAACCCAGAUAAAAUUUCGGCUGUUCAAAAAUACCCUAUUCCAAAGAAUCCAAAAGAAAUUAAACAAUUUUUAGGCGUUCUCUGUUAUAACAGAAAGUUCAUUCCGGAUUUCGCCCGUAUUACUAAACCAUUAACUCAGUGUCUUAAGAAAGGCAAAAAGGUAACAAUAGACAAUAAUUACGCUAACGCUUUCGAAAAAUGUAAGUCUCUUUUGACAAACGAUCCCAUCUUGCAAUAUCCAGACUUUACUAAAGAGUUUAACCUAACGACAGAUGCUUCUAACUUUGCCAUUGGUGCCGUACUGUCACAAGGUCCAAUAGGAUCCGACAAACCAGUCUGUUAUGCUUCUCGUACGUUAAACGAAAGCGAAAUUAAUUACAGUACAAUCGAAAAAGAACUUCUCGCCAUAGUCUGGGCUACGAAAUACUUUAGACCAUAUUUGUUUGGACGUAAAUUUAAAAUUUUGACAGACCACAAACCAUUGCAGUGGAUGAUGAAUUUGAAAGAACCAAAUUCUCAUCUCACAAGAUGGCGACUUAGACUUAGCGAGUAUGACUUUACAGUAAUUUAUAAGAAAGGCAAAAUUAACACCAAUGCCGAUGCUCUCUCACGUAUAGAGAUUCACAAUGAAGACAUAAAAAUGUUAAUGAACGAAAUUGGCGAACUAAACUCGUUAAUAGGCAACCCAAGCGAAGAUCUUGUAUUGAGCAAUUUUGACACCUGUGUAAUAGCUUGCGACCCGCUUAUUUCGGAAAAUGCUCAUCACAAAGCUUUAUCUAUUCUUAUAAAAUCUGUAAAGGUCAAUGAACUACCAGUUUUAAAUCAAACCAAAUAG